AAAAAAUACACAUGAUUACAUGAAGCCUGAUCACUACGAACGAAGAGAAAUUAGAACCAUUGACCAAGGAUUCCAUUCCUUUUGCUGCUUGAAUUAGGUCACUCCGGAACUGGAUUUCUGCAGAAAGCUAGAUGAGAGAGUCUGAUGAGACGUGAAGAGGAAUUGAAUUCUCGACAGUAGAAGAAGUGGGGCUGAGAUGGCAGCGACGGUUUGUGGGGCAGCCACGUCCGCCGAAGCGAAUAUGACGGCCCUAAAUUGUAUCAGUAUCUCGGAUCCUGACAUCCAGAAAUCCGUUUCCCUCCUCAAGCAGGCUUGCCUAGAUUCUGGAUUUUUCUAUGUAAUUAAUCAUGGUAUUAGCGAGGAAUUCAUGAAUGAAGUUUUCUUCCGAAGUAGAAAGUUUUUUGAUCUACCUUUACAUAAAAAAAUGGAGCUGCUUCGUAAUGAAAAGCAUCGAGGUUAUACACCCACACUAGAUGAGACUUUGGAUCCUGAAAAUCAAGUGCACGGUGACUUCAAAGAAGGAUAUUACAUUGGUGUUGAAGUACCUGAAGAUGAUCCUGAUAUAGAAAAACCGUUUUAUGGUCCAAAUCAGUGGCCUUCAGAAGAUAUUUUACCUGGUUGGAGGCAGAUUAUGGAGCAGUACCAAAAAGAGGCCUUGAGAGUGUCCAGGGAAAUUGCUAAGAUUAUUGCUCUUGCACUUGAUUUAGAUGCUGAUUUCUUUGAUAAACCACAAAUGCUUGGUGUGCCCAUUGCAACAUUGAGGCUUCUUCACUAUGAAGGUAAAGUUUCUAAUCCUGCAAGUGGAAUAUAUGGAUGUGGAGCACAUUCUGAUUUUGGCUUGAUUACUAUCUUGGCCACUGAUGAUGUGGCCGGUCUUCAGAUAUGCAAGGAUAAGGAUGCCAAACCUCGGAUAUGGGAAUAUGUUGCUCCUUUGAAAGGAGGUUUCAUUGUCAAUCUUGGUGAUAUGCUCGAGCGGUUGAGUAAUGAUGUUUUCAGAUCGACACUGCACCGUGUUGUAUUAGAUGGACAAGAACGCUAUUCUAUAGCAUUUUUUGCGGACCCAAAUCAUGAAUGCCUUGUGGAGUGUUUGCCAUCCUGCACUUCUGAGAUGAACCCACCCAAGUAUCCCCCGAUAACAUGUGCUGCAUACAUGUGCCAGAGAUACAACGAUACACAUCUUGACCUGAGCUCAUAUGUUGGGCAAGAAACCAGAAAAUAAAUGGCCAAUAUUUGACAGCAGCUCUAUCAGAAAGAAAAUCUGAAGGAAUUCGAAGGAGUGCCUAUUUUGGAGAUGAAAGAUGUAUUACUUACACUCAUGCUUCAAUUAUAGGCUUGUCUUUUGGGGAAUUAGCUUACAGUUCUUAGACGGGUUAGCUUUUGUAGAAAUCAGUGGUUAUUUGUAGAAACUUAAUUCAAUGGGGACAAACUGACUAUUUUGAGUGUUUUGUUGAAGAAUACUGAUCCUUGCUAAGUUUAUCUGUUGUCACAAAUGCUAAAGUGCCUGUUCAUGUACUGCACUGUAUAUGGUGAACAGCCAUUUAAGAGCUAUUAAAUGUGGCUUACGAUUGAACAAGUAAUGCGUAGAAUUAUUUAAGCAGGAACAG